ACUUGUAAGCUCUUCCAGAAGAGCAGCAGCCCUUGACAUCACACACACACACACACACACACACACACACACAAGUGCAUUUACUGGAGGAACAGACAACUGAAAGGUGGGAAACAGCUGGCCAGCUAUCUCCUAAGACAUGCCCUCGGCUCUCACAGCCCUGCAUGGGAUCAGUAGAGCCUGUCUGACCCCAGCCUGCUGGGCCUCAGCAUCUCGCCUAACCAGUGAGCUACUGCCACACAGUAUGUCCCUCAGGGAGCACGGGCAAUACCUCUUCCGCAGUGCUGUGGAUGUCGUCCUGCCAGCCCGGAUGCUCAGGAGGGCCUUGGAGCUCAGAACUGAUGGAGGCCCCCAACUCGUCGUGAGGGGCCGAGCUUUCGCAGCGCAGAGGAAUCUGUAUCUUGUGGGCUUCGGCAAAGCCGUGCUGGGGAUGGCUGCCGCAGCAGAAGAGAUCUUGGGAGACCACCUUCUCCGAGGGGUUGUCAGCGUCCCUCUGGGCAUCCAGGCGUGUCUGCAGCAGGCAGGAAUGCAGGAAAUGCUGCUAAAGCCACACAGCAGGAUCCAGGUCAUAGAAGGAGCUAAGCACAACCUCCCUGACAGAGAGGCUUUGAGGGCAGCCAGGGCCAUUUGUGAGCUGGCAGAGGGUCUGACAGCUGAUGACCUCCUCCUUGUGCUGAUCUCAGGAGGUGGAUCAGCCUUGUUGCCUGCCCCCAAGCCUCCUGUGCUCCUUGAAGAGAAAGAGAAGGUCACCAAGCUGCUGGCUUCCAGAGGAGCUACCAUCCAAGAACUCAACACCAUCCGGAAGGCCCUGUCCUUGCUGAAGGGUGGAGGGCUGGCUCAGGCUGCCUAUCCUGCACAGGUGCUGAGCCUCAUCCUCUCUGAUGUCAUUGGUGACCCAGUAGACUUUAUAGCAAGUGGUCCCACUGUUGCCAGUUCCCACAGCACCCAAGACUGCUUUGAAAUCCUGGCAAAAUACAAUCUGCUGAGCAGCUUGCCCAAAUCUGUGGAGACAGUGCUGCACAGCUCAAGUUCAGAUUCUGUUCGUUCUAAAGACUAUUCCCAUGUCUAUAAUGUCAUCAUUGGUUCAAACAGUUUGGCUUUAGAAGAAGCCAAACACCAAGCAGAGGCUCUGGGCUACCUGACUCUGAUUCUGAGUGCAGCUGUCUGUGGGGAAGUCAACAGAGUGGCCAAACUCUAUGGUCUGCUGAUUCAGUUUGUCUGCUUGAGUAUGGCUGGACCUGGAGUAGAUUCUUUAAUUGACAAGGUGAGAAAUGAUCUCCUACAACUGACGGCAGAGCUAGACAUCCCCAAUCUGAAUCUUAUGGAGUUUCUAAGGACUUUGCAGGGAUUUGGACCUGAAAGGCCAGUUUGCCUCCUGGCUGGUGGAGAGACAACGGUCCAGGUGCAAGGAAGUGGGCAGGGUGGGAGGAACCAGGAGCUGGCUCUGCGGGUGGGGUUGGAGCUGCACAAAGCUAAGUCCACCAGGGCUGGAGGCAUCCUUGAUGGAUGGGAGGUCAUGUUCCUCAGUGGGGGAACUGAUGGGCAGGAUGGGCCAACAGAGGCUGCUGGUGCCUUCUCCAGCCUGGAGCUGGUAGACAGGGCUGGACAGGAAGGUCUCGAGGUGGAGGCAUUUCUAAGCAAUAAUGACUCGUACACAUUCUUCAGUAAAUUCCAAAAUGGAUGUCACCUGCUGAUGACAGGUUUAACAGGCACUAAUGUCAUGGACAUACAGGCUGUUUUAAUUAGGGCCAGAGACAGAUAAUGAGAAUAACACCACCAGAUAUUCAGAUGCUUUUAAUGAGAGGCAAGGGUAAACAGAGGGCACUAACAUUACAGACAAAUCCCGGCUGCUUAAAUUAGGGGUAGCUGUCAAGGCUGCAGAUAUCCUGGACAUAAAGGUUACAUUAAUUAGGCACAGGAGUGGGUAACCAUGGCAUGAGCAGCAGGACCACUGGAUCUGUUUUAAUUAGGAUCAGAGAAAGGGAAGCACGGCACCAGUGUUAUGGAUAUCUUGGCUGGGUUAACCUUUCUGCCCAAGUACCACUGAAGGGUACAUUUUGACUCUGGUUUCAAAGAAUUCAGGAAAGCAGGGCUGCUGACUGGCAAGGACAGCACUUGGCCAGCGUAGACUGUUUUUUGCUCUUGUAUCCAUUCAGACUGGUCCAGAACUAACCUGAGGAGCAUUUACAUUUAGUCUGCAUGUGCUUCCCAUGAGUGAAGUCACAUGAUUAUAAAAUGACAUCAAAAUAAAAGCAAGACAGAUAAGACUGGGGUUUUCCAAAACGUCUGUGGGAAUUAAGUCUCCCACUUCCAUGGACGACAUCUGACUCUUAGUUCUGAUCUUUAGCUUGCCAUUUUAAAGCUCAGGCUCAUUAUGUGAACAAGGUGCUUUAGAUCAGUACAAAGGGCCCUGAAUCCAAGGCAUUGCAAAUGCAGCAGAGAUGGCCAAAAGCACAUCAGUUCAGUUUAACCUUUGAUCUUGGAUAUGUGACGUAAAUGCCACAGCCAAAUGUAUUUUCACUGCACUGUGCAAAGAAUCAUGUGAACUAUGAUUCAGAUGCAUUGGUGCAAAAACAACCUGAACAUGCACCUUCCCCUCCUUCCAGUGACCUUCUCUGCUACCUUAGGUGGUGACAUUUUUUUCCCCUUGGCUGGUAUUUCAUGGGGCAGCACUCUGUGCUGUCAGUGUGUAGGCUCUGAGCAUUCCAAGUAUUAUUUCCAAACUGGUCAAAAAAACAAUCCAGCCUCCAGCUUGAGGUAUCGACCUUUUCGCUGUGUAAAGUCAGAUGUUGCUGUCACUCUGAUUAACUCUGCUAGUUCCAUGGAACAAAAGGCAAGAAAUCUGCAAAUUCAACUCUUCUGACCCAUACUGCUGAACCAAUUAAAGGGCAAAGCUUCUGGGGCUACAGCUUUCUCAGAGACUGGAUUCCCUGUGCCUCUGGGACCAGUACAGAGGAGUGGCUA